AUGGCGACCCCAGCUAUAGAGUCCGUUCAGUGCUUUGGCCGAAAGAAGACGGCGGUGGCAGUGACCUACUGCAAGCGGGGGCGCGGCCUAAUCAAGAUCAACGGCUGUCCGAUCGAGCUGGUGGAGCCGGAGAUCCUCCGGUUCAAGGCCUACGAGCCGAUCCUUCUGCUCGGACGACACCGUUUCGCCGGCGUCGACAUGAGGAUCCGUGUCAAAGGUGGAGGCCACACGUCUCAGAUCUACGCAAUCCGCCAGAGCAUCGCCAAGGCCCUUGUGGCGUUUUACCAGAAAUAUGUGGAUGAACAGAGCAAGAAGGAGAUCAAGGACAUCUUGGUCAGGUACGACAGAACUCUCCUCGUCGCUGAUCCCAGGCGCUGCGAGCCCAAGAAGUUCGGUGGUCGCGGUGCCAGAGCUAGGUUCCAGAAGUCUUACCGUUGA